GCGGCUCCCGGUAGGCGGGUGUUCAGAUGGUGAGUCCGGGAUUGUGAGCGCCUCUUCAGUUCAUCGACAAACCGCACACCGACCGCAGCACCGGAGACACGCGCGAUGCACCGCGACGCGUGAUCCGCGACAGACGCACCGCUUCGCUCCGCAGUCGGUGAUGGGGCAGCACAUGCGGCUCCGGUGAAUGGCGCGUCUUCUCGGAGUGUCGGUACCGGGGACGCAGAGCACCAGAGACGCGGAACGCACCGAGCGCUGAGGAGCCAUGGGGAUCCGCCACCUCCUGCUGCUGCUGCUCUCCCUGCACCCGCUGAGCGUCUCCUGCACCCUGAGCGCCAAACGCGUCAAACCCGCGCCGCGGAGGAGCCCGAAGCCCCGGGAGAUGAACGGAACCACCGUCGCGCCCUCCGCCGCCACGCAGCGCAGCACGCAGGUCCGGCCGGCGCACACGCACGAGACCUGCCGCGGAUACUUCGACGUGAGCGGGCAGUACGACAAAGAGUUCGAGUGCAACAACACCGACCACCGGUACUGCUGCGGCUCCUGCUACCUGCGCUUCUGCUGCCAGUUCAAGGGGAACCGCCUCGACCAGCGCACCUGCAAGAACUACCACAAGCCGGACUGGGUGAAGACGGUGACGGCCUCUCCGGUGCCCACCGGCGACACGUACGACCCGAGCCUGGACCAGACGAACACGGCGGUGUACAUCACCUGCGGGAUCAUCGCCUUCAUCAUCCUCAUCGGGGUCUCCACGAAAGUGGCGUACGACAAGGCGACGCAGCCGCCGCAGGAGAUGAACAUACACAGAGCGCUGGCUGAUAUCCUCCGGCAGCAGGGCCCCAUCCCCAUAUCUCAGUACGACUGUGAGAACUUUGCUGCGAUGAACAGCUCAUCCAAAGACGACACGCCGCAGCGCUCCAAGAACCACUACACACCCACACACAGCAAAGCCAACCACGGUGAGUCCAACACACUCACACACACACUCACACACACACACUCACACAGCAAACCCAAGUCUGUUGCUGAACACAGGAGGAGAUAUUUAGAGGAAUGUUGGGUUGGACUGUCCUCGAUCUCCGCAGUAGGGUAGAGUGCUGCAGCAGUCUCUGGUGGACUCCAACAUUCUUUAAAAUAUCUUCAGACUUUAUUUACGGUGGAUCUCCUGCUGUCGGUGCAUCGCUGCGGUUAUUCAGUCGUCUGCUCUGGGGGAGAGUCCUCUGAGCGCCGCAGGGAAACACCACUGAAGGUCUCGCUGCUCUGGAAAGAGAUGACUGACUGAAGAGU